GUCAACAAUUCUGUGUUUUUCAAUAUGGGGUGCUGUGUGUACAUUAAUGAGGAAGAAAAAGAACAAAUGAUUUUAGCAAAUGGCUGCAAUAUAACAAAGAGUGAAAUCUGUAAGGGCGUAUAUACUUUUGGUACCCACUGUAUAUUGCACCAAUGAAAUUGUAUUCAAUACACAUCAGGUAAAACACCUUGCUGAUGAGUAUAAGCUUUUUGGCCUCUAGAUAAUGUGAGAAUAUUUGAGAAUUAUUGAAAUUAAAUUAAGCGUCUUUUGCGUAAGCCACAUAAACCUUUGCAGGAGGUAGUAAAAAGAAUAUCUAAAAUCGCAUGUUUACAAAUGCCAGUGCCAUUCAAAGACUGCAUUUUUCAUGGUCUACAUUUUGAUGGCCCAAUACCUCCUCCGCUUAGCUUAGCUAAACAGUAUAGAAAAGUUAUAGAUAUGCAUUAUCCAAAGAUGAAGGAGAUAAGUGCAUAAAAAUUGGAAAUUAAAUUGCUGUUGUUAAGAAUAUAGUUGUUGAAGGUUGAAGAAGAACAAAUAUGUGUAAUAUAUCAAAACUUCAUACAUAAAGAAUCAUACUUUUCAUAUACAUGCGUGUCUCAGGCACUUGGUCAUCUCCCUGAUUUAAAGUAUAACACAUCAAAAACAUUUUUAUUGAUAGCUGAGCACACUGAAUCUUAUGACAUGAAAGUAACAAAGUUGAGCACUCGUGUCUGGUACCUGUACCAUCACAGGACACGUGUGUUUGUUUGUUAAAGAUCCAUCGCUUAGCUUAAGUAGCAAGAUAGAAAGAAUAAACGUAUUUUUUGUAACCAGUGCUUAUGUUCUUUAUGUAAACAUAUAUGGAUCACAAGCUAUUCAAUCACUUGCAUGUUUAGUAAACUCAAAGGGACUUUAUCCUAACACUGUUUGCUUCACAGAUACCUGCUCAACACUGCCAAUCAGUGGGACAUUUUCAACCUUCUCUCACACAUGACAUAGCAUAUUCUAAGCUGACCGACACGCUGGCUGAACUGGUGUCCGAAGUAAAAGAACUCCGUCUAGAGGUCCAUGGUUUCAUGAGACAGCAGCUACCAAUCACUUCUGCGUUACCUCUAUCACUCCCAUUUUAAAGCAUUACAGAGUUGAAGAUGUUAGACGUGUGAUGCAGAAAUAUGUUUCUGUGUAGCAUCAGUUGCGGCGUGUAUCAGAAAAAUGCUGGCCUGUACUUUAUCCCAUGAGCUUGCCUCUCAGAUGAACUGAGCUGGGAAAAAGGUAAAAGAUGAGCUGAAACGAAAAACUUAUUUUAAAGACACCAGACGCAAGAGGUGCAUGUUUGUUCACAGAGAAAGACCGUGUCUUAAGGUGCUGUUUACUGGUCUGUGUCUGGGAAUGACCUCUUUCUUGGUUAUGUGGUCUUGUAUGGGUGGAGAAAAAGAGAAGCAACCUCCACAAAGCCUUUUGUUUCAGCACUUUGGGAAACUUCACAACUCCACAAACUCCUUCACCUCACCUGCUGACGGUGUCAUAGAAAUCAUUUCAGAAGAGUCUGGGUCACUAACAGGCUCAUUUUAUUCUGAAUUUGGAAUCAGUUCAGAACAUUACUCCAGUUUACAGCAGGCGCUUUACUGGGCUGGACCAGACCGAUCAGUCACAGAUGUGUCCAAGAGUACAAGUUCAGCUCACUCCACAUUCAUCAUUCAGAACCUGAAAAACAGCUACCGAAUAGGAGAGGAGAUUUAUGUUACGAUCCAUGCGAGAGAUUUUAAAAAUAAACCCAAACCUUAUGGAGGGGAUUUCUUUCAAGCCAAGCUGUUCUCAUCUAAAAAGGCCAGUGUAUUUGGAGAGGUGCUGGACUUGCUCAACGGCUCUUACUCUGUUCGUUUUCUCCUGCCGUGGGUGGGACAAGCACAGGUGGCUGUGCGUCUCAUCCACUCCAGUGAAGGUGUGCAGGUCCUCAAGCACCACAGAGACACUGAUUCUGACAGAGUUUUCUUUAAUGGAUAUUUUGAAGGACCAGGACCAAAUGGGACCAGGCUAAAGGAAAUAGUGAAGUGUAAUGUGAAGUGGGACAAGAAUGGACUGGAGAGGGUGGGAAAAGGAGAUAGCUGCUGUGAAUACAAAGAUUCUCGUAGUGGAGAAGAAUGGCGCUGCAAGAAACCCAAAUCUUUGCCAUGCAGUGCCCGUGUGUAUCACUCCAUGGGAGGAUAUAUUAAACGUAUGACUGCCAAAGAAGCAACGUUUAUGCAGCAAACCGAUAAAGGUAUAUAUGGGCAAAAAAGCCUUCUCAACAUUCUUCCCUCUAAUGAAAGUACAAUAAUUGAUGUAAGAGAGAAAUGUCGUCCUGGUUUGCACUCACCAGUUCCAGCUGGCUUUUACCUGAAUGAUGUGUGGACGUCCUUUGUGUGUAAAACUCGUCAAUUUACUCCCCAAAAAACAACACAAUGCCUGAAAGACAAACACAUCUACAUGAUGGGAGAUUCUACCAUGAGACAGUGGUUUGAGUUCUUGCUGAAUGCUGUACCAAGUUUGAAGCAGAUGAAUCUACAUGUACUGUAUCAGGCAGGUCCUCUUCUAGCAGUGGAUGUGGGAAACAACAUUGAUUUACACUGGAGAGCUCACGGUAUUCCUCUGAGGUGUUGGAAAACUGAAGUUGCUAAUCUGCACUACAUCAGUAAUGAGAUUGAGGAUCUGGCUGGAGGACCUCACACUGUUAUUGUCUUUAAUCUGGGACCACAUUUCACCACAUACCCUCUGGAUUACUUCAUCCACAGAGUGUUGAGAAUCCGCAAAACUGUUGUAGAUUUAUUACAGCGAGCACCCGCCACUACUGUUAUCAUAAAAACUGUCAACACUGGCUAUAAGGAUGUGUUUGGCAGUGACUGGUAUUCUCUUCAGUUGGACAGAGUUCUGCGGUGGGCUUUUCAGGAUGUUGGUGUUUAUAUUUUGGAUGUAUGGCAAAUGACAUCCUGUCACUACAACCAAGAGAACAUUCAUCCAGGUCCUGUCAUCAUCAAAAACGAGAUGGACAUUUUUCUUUCUUUCAUUUGCCCUGAAUGAAUUUCUAAAAUUGAGGCUAAAACCUGAAGAUACAUGAUUACUUUUUGGGAUAUGGGAAACAGUGGCAGAAACUGAGAAUGAUGGAGGAAUUUAAAUGAGGAAUAAAAAUGUGUUUAUAUAAUACGUAUGCAUAUUGCAAAACGAGCACAAAAAUGAAUCUGUCAGGUGAUGAUAUUGAGAACUGCACAUCACAAUUCAAAAUUUGAUUAAGUUUGAACCAAUUAUAAAUUGUCAGAAAUAAAUCAAAUUAAAUUUUAACUUGUAAUAAAUUGAGUAAAAGUG